UUGUUGUUGCAAUGUUAGCAAGUCAAGCUGGGGAGGACAGCUUUGGGAAGGCGCUGGCUUGUAUUAGUGUUGCCAAAGCAUUUGGAUAAGGUAACUAGAUGGUAACAGAGCAGUCUUAGUUUAAAUCGGUCUGUGAAACUGCCUUUCCUGCUGGCGUUUCAUUAUGCGGCGUGGGGAGCACGCUCCACGGGCUUUCCAGGCCCCAGUGGAUGUCCAUGCCAGUGCAGAUGGCCAGGUUUACAUGUUCAACAGGAGGCCGAAUGAGUCCUCAGAUGAUGAGGAGCUCAAUGUUAUGGAGAUGAGGCCGUGGAUUUUCCAAGAGCAGGAGCUUGACAGACUGAGGAACGUUCAGCUGCUGGAACGGGAGGUGUUGGAUGGUGACAGUCUCAACAAGCUUGCUCUGCAAUAUGGCUGCAAGGUGGCAGACAUAAAGCGGGUGAACAACCUUAUGCAGGAACAAGAUUUAUUUGCACUGAAAUCUAUCAAAAUACCUGUUAAGAAACACAGCAUGUUAACAGAGACUUACCCGGGCCUAAGUGACUCUCAAGAAGAAAUGCCGUAUUCAUCCCACAAACCAGUGAAGACUCAGGACAGAGCCAGAGCCCAGCCACAUCUACAGGAGGUCACAGACUUUCUAAUGGAGGUGGACCAUGAUAUUGAGAAACUGAUUCAGACCACGAACGAUCAAGAUGAGGAUUUCUUGGACAGCUCAGAGAAACGGCAACAGUUUGGUUCCAGAGGACAGCGCCUGACCGGUCACGGGGCAGACUGGGGCAUCCAGUGGUGGAACGCUGUAGUUGCCAUGCUCCUGAUAGGCAUCGUCCUGCCAUUAUUUUAUGUCAUUUAUUUUAAAACAAAAGAUAACGGAGCGGCCUUACCAACAGAUGCUAGUGGUGCUUCACAGUCAUCGACCACCUCUUCAAAUGCCUCAUUGACAGGCCAUGUUACAUGAGCACCUGAGCAUUUUCAAGAACCAGGAUAGUGCAGACUUGAGUCCGGGAACACCAGAGUCAUUUUUUAAAAUCAUUGGGUUAGAUGGUCUCAGAAGUAGGUGACAGUCAAGAUAAAGCCAAAACAUUUUAACUUGUGCAAUACCACAAUGUGUCUAGUUUUCUACAGUGGAUUUUACUUUUUCAACUAUAACCACAAUGCUUGAGGAAGAUACUUCAAUGGUUGUCUUUCAUGGGGAGUUUCCUGAAAUAUUACUGUUAAUCCCUGAUUAUUUGCUUCUUGUUGAGAUUACAGUUCCUCAGGUGUUAUCAAAAAUUUGAGGUAUUAAAUGGUUGUGCCUUGAACCUCCUCACACAUGAUACAAACAGAACAAUAAUUGCCAGCGAAAAAUGUAUUUUUAUGGGGGGAAUCAUCUGUGUUGGCUUUGCCACAACCUGCCUUUCCACCAGUGCCACUUCAAGUGUCGACAUAUCAGCGUUGUAUAUCAGGCGCAAUCUUUAUAUGUUCAAAUAAAGUAAUAUAUUUUUUAAAUGUAUUUACAAAAAGAUGAAAUCAGAGAUAUAUUGUGUUCCCCUGUUGCCAAACCAUGCGAGGUUAAACUAUGUUUGACAUGUGUUUGAGCGUUGUUUGUGUGCCUUGUUUGCUGUAACUUAAUUUUUGUGUCUACGUGUUCAUUAAGUUAUUGCCACGCACCUCAUGCCUUCUCUCUGGGUCUGAACGCCGUGGCAAACGUGUAAAUUGUGUUAACUGUAAGAGUUUGGUGCAGUAUACUUUAUCUUGUAAGGUUGUAUGUGUUCAUUCGUCACCUUGCUAUCUUUGAAAUGCAAAGUGCUGCUUUUUGAAAAUUACCCUUAGUGUCCAGUUGCCUGAAUUAAGUGUGAGCUUUAAGAAAAGUGCCUUAAAACUUCAUUGCCAGGUUUAUAUAGUAUUGCAUGCUCCAUCUUGUUUGAUGGGUUGUGGAGACCACCUUAAAAGGAGGAUGAAUUUGUGUGGUUUGUAUUUUAAUUUAAUGAAACUGGGAAAAGCUGUUUUGUUGACACAUUUUUCCAAAAGUUUGUCGAUUUGUAAAUCACUUGGCAGAAGAAUUGACAUGAUGGAUGUGCAAUAAUGUUUUUCUUCAGCAUGUUCCUACGUGAAUACAAACUUUGUAGUGUGAAAGAGUCUCGGAAGUGUUCUCGUAUAUUUAACUGACAAAACACAAUGUUUUGUAUUAAGACUAAAACUCCACUGACACAAUAAAAACUGGAUGAAUAUGAAAUAAAACAAUUUCACU